AUGAAAUUCCUUACUUUAACCCUUUUCCCUUUCGGCCUCGCAGCUGCACUUAGCACUGAAGACAAAUCAACAUUGGCUCCUACAUUAGAGUCUCGACAAUCCACCCAGAAAUGCUGUUUCACUUUUAACGCCGAUGGCUACAACAGAGAGGUCAUCUCGAAUGGAUUUUUUCGUAUUGAAUACCAAUGGGGUGGUGUUACCUCAAGGGGCCUUUUUUCAGGAUGCAAUGUUAAAAUUGAUCGCAAAGGUGCAGCACCACCAGGAGGAUGUUCGGAGUGGACAUUCUCAGCUGAGGGUGGCAAUUGCAAAAGCUUUACUACUACUAGGGUUGGACCCUGUAGCUAA